AUUCGUCAUUCCGAUCAAACCCUAGCAAAUUCAGUUCAGCUUCCAUUUAUAAACCUCUCCUCGAUUUGCCUCAUUUUUCUCCCACUCUCCCCACUCUGAUCGCCUAAUUUUCCCCUUCGGAGACCUUUUCAGGUCACCGGCUUGGCUUACAAAACAUGGCGGAUGCAUCACAGCAUCCAUCAGUAUUUCAGAAAAUACAUGGGCAAUCUUACCUGAUUUCUAGGCUUUCCCCCAACAUGUAUGCUAGAAAUUAUGGUGUAGAUGUCCAGGGUUCCUUGCACCCAAUGUGCCAGAGCACUGGCCUCGCACAUGUCUCAUAUCUGUCUCCGGUUUUUGUGCAAGCUCCAUCCGAGAAAGGUGCAACUGGUUUUGUUGUGGAUUUCCUUAUGGGAGGUGUUUCUGCUGCCGUUUCCAAAACUGCAGCCGCCCCUAUUGAGCGUGUUAAACUCUUAAUUCAGAACCAGGAUGAGAUGAUUAAGGCUGGUCGGCUUUCUGAGCCAUACAAGGGUAUCACUGACUGCUUUGCCAGAACCAUUAAGGACGAAGGUUUCCUUGCUCUCUGGAGAGGAAACACUGCUAAUGUUAUCAGAUAUUUCCCCACCCAGGCUUUGAACUUUGCUUUUAAGGAUUACUUCAAGAGGCUUUUUAACUUCAAGAAAGACAGAGAUGGCUACUGGAAGUGGUUUGCUGGGAACCUGGCAUCAGGAGGUGCCGCUGGUGCUUCGUCUCUUCUUUUUGUUUACUCUCUGGACUAUGCCCGGACACGUUUGGCAAAUGAUGCCAAGUCAGCUAAAAAAGGUGGAGAGAGGCAAUUUAAUGGUUUGAUUGAUGUUUAUAAAAAGACCCUCAAGAGUGAUGGCAUUGCUGGACUGUACCGUGGAUUCAGUAUUUCGUGUGUUGGUAUCAUCGUGUACCGUGGACUUUACUUUGGAUUGUAUGAUUCUCUGAAGCCUGUGGUUCUGGUUGGAGGAUUGCAGGAUAGCUUCUUUGCUAGUUUCUUACUUGGAUGGGGAAUCACCAUUGGUGCUGGGUUGGCCUCUUACCCUAUUGACACUGUGCGUAGAAGAAUGAUGAUGACUUCUGGAGAGGCUGUUAAAUACAAGAGCUCUUUGGAUGCAUUUAAUCAAAUCAUCAAGAAUGAGGGUCCUAAAUCCCUCUUCAAGGGUGCUGGUGCCAACAUCUUGCGUGCUGUUGCCGGUGCUGGUGUUCUUGCUGGUUAUGACAAGUUGCAGGUCAUUGUUUUAGGCAAGAAGUACGGAUCUGGUGGUGGUGGUUAAUAUGUAGUACGAUGUUGAUGACGAAAUCAAAGAGUGAAGUGGUGUAAGUUCUUCUCGCGAGCUGAAUAAUUUUGAAUGAACUGUAGUCACUUUUAUGUUUCAGUGUUUAGGAACUUGUUAGAAAUCAUAGUUACAAGAGGUAAAUUUGAGUUGGGUCAUGGGUGUUAUUCGUGCUUGGAUUUUAGAGCGAUGUACUAUCAGUGUUCCCGUUUGUGAGAAUAUUUGGUCAGUAUCUCGGUGAUUUGUGCUCACAAACUCUGUUUCUUUCAAGCGUUCUAAGUAUUGAAGUCUUUCACUCUGUAUAAUUUUCUA